GUGCCAUCGAUUUCCAAAACGUUUCCAAAGACGCAGCAGAAAUAACAUGUUUGUCAUUCUUUAUCUGAGUCUUUGGAGUAUGUUGGGAUCAAACAGCCAGAGCUUGAGUACAUCAACAACAUCGCAAACAUUUGUGACAUCUGGAGAGGAGAACGGCCAGUGUACGACCUGUCAGUUCAGACAGCAGAGUAAACUCAUGCGUUUGCACUCCAUAAAAUCUCAGAUUUUGAGCAUUUUACGUUUGGAACACGCUCCGAACAUCAGCAGAGACACCGUGAAGCUGCUCUUACCCAAAGCACCUCCAUUGCAGGAGCUCCUUGAUCAAUACGACCAAAACGGAGGCAUUAGUGAGGAUGAAGAGCAAGGUAGCAGUGAAACUAUCAUCACUAUGGCCACAGAACCUCAAGCCAUCACCCAGGUUGAGGGAAUGCCCAAAUGUUGCAUGUUCUCCCUGAGCCCAAAAAUUCUACCUGACAGCAUCAUGAAGGCCCAGCUCUGGAUCUACCUCAGACCAGAUGAGGAACCAACCACAGUCUUCAUUCAGAUAUCCCGUCUGAGGCUCUCUUCUGAUGGUAACAGUCGCUCAAGAAUACGUGCACAAAAAAUUGACGUGAAUGCCCAGACAAACUCUUGGCAGCACAUUGACAUGAAACAGUUGUUGCAGUUGUGGCUCAAACAGCCAGAGAGCAACUUUGGGAUAGAAAUCAAGGCCUUUGACUCAAAUGGAAAUGAUCUGGCUGUAACCUCAGCAGAAUCGGGAGAAGAAGGACUGCAACCGUUCUUGGAGGUCAAAAUAUCGGACACCAGCAAGCGGUCGAGACGGGACACUGGCCUCGACUGUGACGAGCAUUCGACCGAGUCUCGGUGCUGUCGAUAUCCGCUCACCGUCGACUUUGAGGACUUCGGCUGGGACUGGAUAAUUGCGCCCAAGCGAUACAAGGCCAAUUACUGUUCCGGCAAAUGCGUGCAGAAGUAUCCCCACAGUCACAUCGUGAACAAGGCCAACCCACGUGGCAGUGCCGGUCCCUGCUGCACACCCACCAAGAUGUCACCCAUAAAUAUGCUGUAUUUCAAUGACCGUGAGCAAAUCAUUUAUGGAAAUAUCCCCUCAAUGGUGGUAGACCUCUGUGGAUGCUCUUGAACCCCAAAAAAGGGCUUCUAGAGUCACUAAGGCAGCAAGCCCUAAUCGCUCUGGACCAGAGGAAAUUGAAUGUAACCUUUACCUUGUCCCUGACAAAAUAGUUCCUGCUAAACCAAACCCAACAAAUCAGCUAAGGCAAUUUCUUUUUGUUUGUUCUCAUCAACUGUUACACACAAAGACAUUGGUAGUGAGGUGACAAGGGUUUCUUUGUUUAUGAAGGUAUAAAUGCUUACUCUGUAAAUUUAUUUGAGCAUUUAGAUGACCUGAUGGGGUUUACAAGAAUGUAAAAAUUCAGAAAGAACUUUUCAGUUUUAAAUUAAUGUCAAACAAAAGGCUGUACAGUUGAGUCGCUCAUCCCAAAGUGACCCAAAAACAGGAACACUGACCCAGAAACUCACUCAACAUGACAUCCGAACCACUCACUCCCACAUGACUUUAGGAAUUCUAUAGUCAGUCCAAAUCAGCAUAUGGGUAGUUGACAAAUAAUGUGGACUUUUAGGUAAAAAAAUAUUUUUUUAAUUAGGAUUAAAAUGCCAAUGUUUUCAAUAGUUGCUCUAUACAAUGUCUUAGGCAAGAGAUGGACAUAGUAAUUCUUCAAUGACAGAUUUAGGUUUUUAUUGAGAGUUUUCAGUUAUUUAGAGUUACUGUAGGUUACAGGUCAAAAUCAUAUUGUUGGGGUGUAGUUUUGAUCUCAAGUUGU